CACCCAACUCUGUGCAGCAGAUCUUUAAGAGAUGGGGCUUUCAGGAGAAGAGAGGACAUCCGCUGUCCUUCCCUUUGCCUCUGAUGGAGGCUGCUCCAGCAGGAAGAGUUUAUUCAACAUUACUGGAUGAAUUCCACCCCUUCAUUGAAGCUCUUCUUCCACAUGUCCGUGCCUUUUCCUACACAUGGUUCAACCUGCAAGCUCGGAAACGAAAGUACUUUAAGAAGCAUGAGAAGCGGAUGUCAAAGGAUGAAGAGCGCGCUGUGAAGGACGAAUUACUUGGUGAAAAGCCUGAGAUCAAGCAGAAAUGGGCAUCCCGGCUGCUGGCCAAGCUUCGCAAGGACAUCCGCCCGGAGUUUCGCGAGGACUUUGUCCUGACCAUCACGGGCAAGAAAGCACCGUGUUGUGUCCUCUCCAACCCAGAUCAGAAGGGCAAAAUCCGCAGGAUUGACUGCCUGAGGCAAGCUGACAAGGUUUGGAGGCUGGACCUAGUUAUGGUCAUCUUGUUCAAAGGGAUCCCUCUUGAAAGUACUGAUGGGGAGCGGCUAUACAAGUCGCCGCAGUGCUCAAACCCGGGCCUUUGUGUCCAGCCACACCACAUUGGAGUCACAAUUAAAGAACUGGAUCUUUACUUGGCGUAUUUUGUUCACACUCCUGAAUGUGCCCACCCAGUGUGUGUACAGCAGCCUCUGGACAAUGUCAGGAGGUUCAUCUCAGCGCCUGCGGAUGGCAUUACUGGCACACUCAUAUCAUCUAUUCUGCACAGCUCAGGGCACUUCCAGGCUUGGCAAGUAACAAACAGUGUUCCUCUGUUCCUUUUCUACAAGUUAUUGUCCUUUCCCCACCUCUUAAAGACAAAACUGGAAGGCCCCCAUCACCUUCCCAGCCACUUUCAUAUAUACCAGUUCUUAUCACAGAGGCAUCCCCUCCCUUCUGCCUGGCACAAAAUCUCAUCACAUGCACAAACAUGCAAAAUUUGAGCAUGGGUGCAUAAAAAUUUCAGCUUGUGUUCACACUAGCACAUACCACACAUACGACAUGUUCGUAUUUAUAGACAUGUAUGUGUAAAACAAGCUAUGUCUCUGCUUAUUAUAUACUUAUUAGAUCUUGACUUUGUCCUUCAGUUCCUAACGGAGCCCAUUUUAUAAGACAGCAUACAAAAGCAUGAAAAGGGGCUUAAUUUUAAAAAAUCUGAAUGUUUAGUAAUGUUAAGACAGAUCUGAAACAUGACAUCCCAAUGACAUAUCAGCCAACCCCCAAAUUGAGCAUCUUAACAUGCAUUACCAGUGGGGUGGGCAAGUAGAUCACCUCUGGCCUUUUGUACUGGCUAAGGCAGAUUUUCCCUGUUAAAGGCAAGCAAACCAACUAAGCAGUUAAAAUGUGUAAUUUGAUCUCUGAAUUGUCCACCGUAUUCCUUUUUAUGCUUAUGUUUCCAUGCAUGUAUACUCACAUGUACACAGUGGGACUGUACAGUCGUAUCUCUCCCCCACUUUCCCCAGGGUGAGCUUCAGGGAGACAAUCCAGACUUAAAGCUACUUUUUGGGAUAGGGUUAUCUUAACCUGUGUAGGAUUCAUUCUCUUUCAUAAUGCUGCAGGAUCAGGAGGUGAUGAACUUCUUUUGAACGGGAUUUAACAGCAGAUUUGUUGACAUAGCAGAGAAAUAAAAGAGCCUUUCACAGAGAAUUUGCGGGGAGGUGGUUAUAUGGCAUAGAAUCUUAUCCUGAGUGUGGAAUAACAGGCCACUCUCAUUUUAUUUCAUUUAACAUGUGCAUCCUAUUCAAGAAAUGCCAGUUUAUAAGUAAGGAAUCUUUUUAAUUUCUGUGUCAAAACAUCAAAAACAAUGUCAAGAAAUUGGUAGUAUUUUGGAGGUGAAAUAUGUACUGAGCAUGAGCCUUCUCUUGCAGGCCAAAAUUUUGUAUUAUAGAUCACUUAGUUGCAAUUCGCUUCCUAUAGAGUUUUAACAGAAACAUCUUAGAUUAAUCAAUUCUGGAAUUAGAGGGUGGGUGGGAAGGAAAGCUUCUGCUAAAAAUGACUGCAUGGCUAGAGGAAGAUGCUUCUUCUAUGUUUUGCUGUCUAUCCAAGUUUGAAAGUCCGUCCUGUACUUGGGCCUAAAUAAAGCCCAGAGGAAAUAAAUCCUGAAUGGCACUUGCUCUGUUGAACCUGGCUUUCUUUUUCUGCAGACUCCUGUGAUAGCCCUUAGGAAAUGACAGCAAUGGAUAUUCUAGCCCAUAAAAAAAUAAAAUUAUAGCUGAAUUUAAGGGCAGAACUAUACGCAAAGAGGAAAACAGUAUUGCUAAUUCUGGGAUUUCACCCAUUUAUUCUCUAAAAUAUGCAUAAUUUGCAUUUCUGUUUCAAAAAAUGCUAUCUAGGAGGUUCAAAAAGCAAAUGUGGGAGCAGUGAAGGGUGUGGUCAUAGAAAAAGACCUGUGUGGUGAUUACCUUACCUUUCCCUUGCUGGCUGAUUUUCCCCAGCCCUCCUCCCCCACUUCUUUUCAUCAUCUCUUUCUUAUAAUCAGACUGCAAACCCAGAAGUAAUUCCAGCUGGUGUGUGGAUGGGGUGGGAGGAAACAAACUGGGGACACAGUCAGGGGAAAAUCAAUGGGCGCAGAAUAGUUUAAGCAUCCCACCCUCCCUCCCGAUUUUCUUCUGUGAAUGAGCAACACUCAUCUCAGCUAACAUGGAUUUGGGAGUGUGUGUUUGUCAAGACGACAUGAGGCUGAACUCUAAAAGAUAGCAGUAUUUUACUGGCUACAGUUAUAAAUACUAAAAAAUAACAGUUUCUGCCUUACUGGGCUCCCAAUCUAAGUGGCAGUUUCAGUGGUACUGAGAAAUGCAGUGAGAAUUUUUUGAAAAUAAGAGUAAUAAUGUACAUAACAGCCUGAUAGAAAAGCUGUCAUAACUUCAUCGUAAGUCUUGGCAUGGAUCAGCUAUAAAAGAUGCACAUUUCUAGCUUUUGUAUGGUUUGGAAAAAAGACCUUAUGCAAAUCUAAGUAGAUCAAGUGGCAGUGAGGGAUAAGAGUGAUCUACUGGGAAAAGUACUGGGGGAAGCAUUAGCCUCUCCCACCCCCAGUGCUGUGGUCUUACUUUAUUUAGGGCCCUCCUAUGGCUGCUAUUCAGCUUUAUAGAAUCCAUGGGAUGUCCUGAUCAGAGGUCUCCCAUAUGACAUCUAGUUUCGCCAUUAGGCUGUGUGCAGAUGAUUAUUCCUGCUGAGUGAGUGCUCCCUUAUUGUUACUUGUUCCUGCAUUGGUGGCUUGAUAACUGUGGAGACUGAACGGAGUAGUGGAACCGUGUGUGUGUGCAGGGGGUGUUCCUGUGUGGGUGGAAAGACUAUUCACUCAGUUUCUUGAUUCUAAGAUAAUUUUGUUUCUGGGGGAAAUUGCACUGCUUUUUCUCUUUUAAGCUGCCUGGAAAUGCAUAUGCUCUCCCUCCAUAUACUAAAAUAACCCUAUAAAAACCCCUUUAAAACUUUUCCAAAAGUAUAACUUAGCACAGAUGUGAUUCUAUUGAUAUGCACAGCAAUUGCCCUAAUAAGUUCUCUCUCCUGUUGCAUUGCUGCCACCAAGGCUUCCAGAAACCUUGGAUUGUCUUUUCUAGGGUGCCACAAAAAUGCUGCAAAAUCAGUCCGACCAGAAACAUGUAGUCCUGCGAAUGACAAAUCUAUAACUCUAAGGAAAGUUACCAUCAGUACAUAGCCUUAAAGUCUGGGUAGUCAUACAGCAAAUGACAUGGACUCUGGAUUGGUGGUACUUAAAAACCAUAAUUUAAUGGUGAUACAUGUUGUAUAUGUGUUUCUUUUGUCCCCCCCUCCCAUUAUUAGGGUUCAUGCUUUUCAAGCUGCUAACGGUC